AUGGGCGCCAUGGUGGUUCUGGAGACCCACGGCCUCCUGGCCGGGCCCAAGGGAUGCGUCACGAAGCCCGUCCAUCCCAGGGGCCGACCCCGCGGGGAGCGGGCGGUCCUUCCUGUCGGCGGAGCACGGCGUGGGGGGCGCGACCUCCCGGCCAGUCGGCCUCACCCGCCCGUCCGCCGUCCGCACUGGCCAGGCUGGGGUCCGGGGGUCCGUCCAGGGCGCCCCGGCUCCUUCCAGGGCCCCGUGCCGGUGUCCUCUGUCCCCGAUGACUUUGUGUUGUCUGUUUCUCAUUUCUGGGCACCCAGAUUCGGGGCCCACCCUCCUGCGCUGCUGUUCCCGCCCCUGACUCCUGCCGUGUGGCCCCUGGACGCAGCACGGGGUUUUCGGGGUGACGGAUUGGGGGGUUGGUGUCAUCGGUGUCAGGUUAUCCUGCCCUCCCCUGCAGACCUGCCCCCCGGCUCUGGACGGGGAGCCCCCCAAUGCCCACACCUCUUCUGGAUUGUGGGGGACCCUGCUGCUAAGGCUAAUGGGGGACCCGGGCCCAUCCGGGGAGCCCCGGGCCCAUCCGGGGAGCCCCGCUCGGCUCUCUGGCCUCUGGCGUGCCGCGGUUUCUUGGUUUGGCCUCCACCUCUCCGCUUUGCCCCCGGUCCGCAGCUCGCUGUGUCCCUGCUCCCCCAGGCCCCGGCCAUCUGGUGGCCGGUGGCCGGCCCUGGCCGGGUCUGGCAGCAGCUCUGCGGCUGCGGGCUGCUGGGCGUGGGCAUCUGGCUGUCCGUGUCCCAGGGCAACUUCGCCACCUUCUCCCCCAGCUUCCCCUCGCUGUCCGCCGCCAACCUGGUCAUCGCCCUGGGCGCCGUUGUCAUGGUGACCGGCUUCCUGGGCUGCCUGGGGGCCAUCAAGGAGAACAAGUGCCUGCUGCUCAGCGGCUGCUACGAGAAGAUGAAGAUGUGGUUUGAGGACCACAGACACGUGCUGGGUGCCGUGGGGAUGUGCGUCCUCGUCAUGCAGGUGAGGCCCGGGACGGCGCAGGCCAGACCGAAGCCAGGACCCCAGAGCCCCAAGGGCCCGCCUCGGGCCCAGGCCUGCCCCGGAGGAACAGCAGAGACGCAGGUGGAGCUGUGGCCCCUGCGCACCCCCAGCCUCUGCCCCCGACCUGGGCCCCGCAGGGAGGAACUGGGGGAGCGGGAGGGGGUGGAUUCGGGGGUGAGGCAGGGCCGCUGA